UUAUAAACAUUCUAAUUUGACUCAUCAGCGUCGUGAGGUUCCUGCAAACGUCUUAUGCCGCAUAAUUGAAACUGUUCAUUGUCGAAAACUUCGUUCAAUGUCUGAGCAACAUAAUAAUACGAAAGAUUUCUUGCAAGGUGCAUUGCAGAAAUGCCUUCAAGAUGGCGUUGAGAUUGGCGUUCCUGGUAUAACGGCUGCGGUCGCAUCCUCGGAGGGGCUUCUCUGGUCAGGAACGGCAGGGCUGGCGAAUGUGGAAACCAAAACCCCGUUUACUUUGGAACACGUCUCUGGAAUUGGAAGCAUCACAAAAGUCUUCAUGAGUGUGGUCAUUUUGCAGCUCAUUGAAGAAAGGCGACUCAGCAUUGAUGAUACUCUUCAACAGUAUGUCUCUGCCGAAAUUCUUCGGGGGAUUCCUCAUGCUUCCGGAGCUACGAUCGGCCAGCUCCUUAGCCAUACUUCUGGCAUCCCAAGCUGGGAAGAUGAUCCCCAAUGGAUCCGGCAGGGCCGUGGGUCAGAUCUUGAUCCUGAUAAGAUUUGGACAAGCACGGAAACUUUGGACUAUAUCCGUUAUGAGAGUGAUCCGAAUCUUCAAGCGCCGAAUCCCCAGCCAACCCCGGGUAAAUACUCUUACUCAAACACCAACUUUACCUUCCUAGGUCUGGUUGCGGAAUUUAUUUCCUCAGAAACAGUGUCCCUCGAAAAUCAUGCAUCAGUUGGGCAUUCAAGCGUCAAAGCUGCAAGUCUGAUUCGCUCGCGAGUACUCGAACCUCUGGGUUUGAACUAUACCUACCUCGAGGGGUUUGAAUCGCCCCAAGCGGGUCAAAUGCCCAAUAGAUACCACUGGGUGACCCCUACGUUCUUAUCGACAGCUGGUGUCUGCCCUGCUUUCACAUAUCCUAAAUCUCGCCCGGAUCUCCUAGACGCAAGCAAAUCCAACAUGUCGACGGAAUGGGUCGCCGGCGGCAACUUAUCGCAUCCAAAAGAUCUUUGCACUCUGGCACUUGCUAUUCGAAAUGCGAAAAUCUUGUCAUCAUCUUCGCUGAAACUCAUGAUGGAUCUCAUACCGAUAACAGAGAAAGUAUGGGUAGGCCAUGGGAUCUUCAAGAUGCGGACCGCCGAUGGUAAUGCAUGGUUUGGACACAACGGAAGUACUUUGGGGUUCAAUGGAAGUAUGUUCUGGAAUGAGGAAACAGAUGUAGCAGUUGCAGUGCUGGGAAAUGUCGGUACAAUGCAUGCUGGGAAAGUCCCAGGUGCUGCAUCGGUUGCCCUCGAGAGUGAGUUCCUGGCAUUGGCAGUAAAACUUGCAGGCACAUAUUCCGGGGAGAAAUCCUGAAGCUUUCGGAAAUCGCUUGGAUGCCCCAGUAUGGAUAUCUCGAAUGCAUGAUUUCUUAUAUGCCGAAGCCAUACUGGCUUCUUACAUUUCUUCUGAGAGUUUUAAUCUUUAGUUUUGGCUCUCAGACAACGUAUAGAAUGCACUUCUAAGUAUAUUCAACACCCUAUCUGUCUUAUAGCAUGCCAGCUUUAUUUCAUUUAUAUCGGUAACAAAACACAGCGCUGCUUGCAGACAUUUCAUCAUCGCAUCAGGAAAUUCACGCGUUGAAGGGACUCAGAGUUAAAAAUAAAAGC